AACCUUCUAGAGUGUGAUUAAAUUAGUCCUAUCUAGUCAUUUUUUUUUUGUGAAUUAUUACAUCAAUAUCUUAAGUAGUAUUAGAAAAGGUAUUAAAAAAAUUAUUAAACAAUAUUAUUGGAGUAAAGGGUGAAAGGAGUACACCUAAACAUCUCACAUAGGUUGACUCAUUUGCAUCAUUAAUUUAAUUGUUAAAAUUUAAUACAAAGUGUGACACUAAUUAUUCGUGGUUAAAUUUUUUUAUAUUAAUUUUGUUUCAACAUCGGUUAUAUGUCGCCAGAAUAUGCAAUGGAAGGUCUAUUUUCAGUGAAAUCCGAUGUUUAUAGUUUUGGAGUUUUGGUGCUAGAGAUAAUUACAGGCAAAAAGAACACUACCUAUGUAUCCAGCUACGUAAACUUGGUUGGUCAAGUUUGGGAGCUCUGGAAAUUGGACAAUGCAAUGGAAUUAGUAGACUCAAGUUUGGAAGGAGCAAGCUUUGAGUAUGAAAUCACGAGAUGCCUCCAAAUUGGGCUAUUAUGUGUGCAAGAGGAUCCGACUGAUCGUCCGACCAUGUCGACUGUCAUUUUCAUGUUGGAAAAUGAAGUGAAUCUUCCUUGUCCAAAGAAACCUGCUUUCAUUUUAAAGAGAGAAAUUAAUGAAGGAGAUCCAUCCAGUAGUACCAACUCCAAUACCGAAGGAGUCAACUCUGUAAAUGAUCUAACAAUUUCUGUAAUAGUUGCUCGUUAGCAUCUCAAUUUAUAUUUAUACAUCAAAGUUAAAAAAUGAAAGUAAGAGGCUACACAUAUAUACGUGAAUUGAGUUUAUAUCCAUUUCUAUUUAAUUUACAAUUUUUUAAUUCAUUGAUUGUAUCUUGUUUCUUAAUUGUGAAGAAAGCUUUGGCCUAAGAAUGCACAAUUACUGCUGUCUAA